AGGCGGGGCGCCCCCGCCGCGCCCCGCCUCUUUCUCUCGAGGCUCAGUCGCGCCCAGCGCCGUCGCUGCCAGCGGCCGCCGGGCCGAGCCGCCCCAGCCCCUGCCAGCCUCGCCGGGACCGACAGAUAAGGAGCUCAGAGUCAGGCAAGGGCGGAAUGACACUCGUCGGUUCCAAAGCAUCUUUCACCUACCAGGCAGAGGGCCCUUUGCUGUUGGUCUUUCUUGGACCAUUCCAGAGAGGACGACUGGUAUCUGAGAAGUAAGAGAGCAGGAUGCCCCCAGGGGUUGACUGCCCCAUGGAAUUCUGGACCAAGGAGGAGAAUCAGAGCGUAGACGUGGACUUCUUGCUGCCCACGGGGGUCUACCUGAACUUCCCCGUGUCCCGAAAUGCCAACCUCAGCACCAUCAAGAAGGUGUUGUGGCACCGAGCCCAGUAUGAGCCACUCUUCCACAUGCUCAGCGACCCCGAGGCCUACGUGUUCACCUGCGUCAACCAGACUGCGGAGCAGCAGGAGCUGGAGGACGAGCAGCGGCGGCUGUGCGACAUCCAGCCCUUCCUGCCGGUCCUGCGCCUGGUGGCCCGCGAGGGUGACAGGGUGAAGAAGCUCAUCAACUCGCAAAUCAGCCUGCUCAUAGGCAAAGGGCUCCACGAGUUCGACUCCUUGCACGACCCGGAGGUGAAUGACUUUCGAGCCAAAAUGCGCCAGUUCUGUGAGGAGGCGGCCGCCCGCCGGCAGCAGCUGGGCUGGGAGGCCUGGCUGCAGUACAGCUUCCCGCUGCAGCUGGAGCCCUCCGCGCGGAGCUGGGGGCCCGGCACCCUGCGCGUCCCCAACCGCGCCCUCCUGGUCAACGUCAAGUUCGAGGGCAGUGAGGAGAGCUUCACCUUCCAGGUAUCGACCAAGGAUGUGCCCCUGGCCCUGAUGGCCUGUGCCCUGCGGAAGAAGGCCACGGUGUUCCGGCAGCCGCUGGUGGAGCAGCCGGAGGACUAUACGCUACAGGUGAACGGCAAGCAUGAGUACCUGUAUGGCAGCUACCCGCUCUGCCAGUUCCAGUACAUCUGCAGCUGCCUGCACAGCGGGCUGACGCCCCACCUGACCAUGGUGCACUCCUCCUCCAUCCUCGCCAUGCGGGACGAACAGAGCAACCCCGCCCCCCAAGUCCAAAAGCCCCGCACCAAACCACCCCCCAUUCCCAUGAAGAAGCCCUCCUCCGUGUCCCUGUGGUCCCUGGAGCAGCCCUUCUGCAUCGAGCUGAUCCAGGGCAGCAAAGUGAAUGCCGACGAGCGGAUGAAGCUGGUGGUGCAGGCCGGGCUGUUCCAUGGCAACGAGACGCUGUGCAAGACAGUGUCCAGCUCGGAGGUGAGCGUGUGCUCGGACCCAGUUUGGAAGCAGAGGCUGGAGUUCGACAUCAAUGUCUGCGACCUGCCGCGCAUGGCCCGCCUCUGCUUCGCCCUCUACGCCGUGAUUGAGAAGGCCAAGAAGGCUCGUUCCACCAAGAAGAAGUCCAAGAAGGCGGACUGCCCCAUCGCCUGGGCCAACCUCAUGCUGUUUGACUACAAGGACCAGCUCAAGACAGGCGAGCGCUGCCUCUAUAUGUGGCCCUCGGUCCCAGAUGAGAAAGGCGAGCUACUGAACCCCGCGGGGACCGUGCGGAGUAACCCCAACACUGAGAGCGCGGCUGCCCUGGUCAUCUUUCUGCCCGAGGUGGCCCCGCACCCUGUGUACUACCCUUCCCUGGACAAGAUCCUGGAGCUGGGGCGGCACGGAGAGCACGGGCGCUUCACGGAGGAGGAGCAACUGCAGCUGCGGGAGAUCCUGGAGCGGCGGGGGUCCGGGGAGCUGUACGAGCACGAGAAGGACCUGGUGUGGAAGAUGCGGCACGAGGUCCAGGAGCACUUCCCCGAGGCACUGGCCCGGCUGCUGCUGGUCACCAAGUGGAACAGGCACGAGGACGUGGCCCAGAUGCUCUAUCUGCUGUGCUCCUGGCCCGAGCUGCCCGUCCUGAGUGCCCUGGAGCUGCUGGACUUCAGCUUCCCUGACCGCCACGUGGGCUCCUUCGCCAUCAAGUCCCUGAGGAAACUGACGGACGACGAGCUUUUCCAAUACCUGCUGCAGCUGGUGCAGGUGCUCAAGUACGAGUCCUACCUCGACUGUGAGCUGACCAAAUUCCUGCUGGACCGGGCCCUGGCCAAUCGCAAGAUCGGCCACUUCCUCUUCUGGCACCUCCGUUCCGAGAUGCACGUGCCGUCGGUGGCCCUGCGCUUCGGCCUCAUCAUGGAGGCCUACUGCAGGGGCAGCACCCACCACAUGAAGGUGCUGAUGAAGCAGGGGGAAGCGCUGAGCAAGCUGAAGGCCCUGAAUGACGUCGUCAAGGUGAGCUCCCAGAAGACCACGAAGCCCCAGACCAAGGAGCUGAUGCACCUGUGCAUGCGCCAGGAGACCUACCUGGAGGCCCUCUCCCACCUGCAGUCCCCGCUUGACCCCAGCAUCCUGCUGGCUGAAGUCUGCGUGGAGCAGUGCACGUUCAUGGACUCCAAGAUGAAGCCGCUGUGGGUCAUGUACAGCAACGAGGAGGCAGGCAGUGACGGCAGCGUGGGCAUCAUCUUUAAGAACGGGGACGACCUCCGGCAGGACAUGCUGACCUUGCAGAUGAUCCAGCUCAUGGAUGUUCUGUGGAAGCAGGAGGGGCUGGACCUGAGGAUGACUCCCUACGGCUGCCUCUCCACCGGGGACCGCACAGGCCUCAUCGAGGUGGUGCUCCACUCGGACACCAUCGCCAACAUCCAGCUGAACAAGAGCAACAUGGCGGCCACGGCAGCCUUCAACAAGGAUGCUCUGCUCAACUGGCUCAAGUCCAAGAACCCCGGGGAGGCUCUGGAUCGAGCCAUCGAGGAGUUCACCCUGUCAUGCGCUGGCUACUGCGUGGCCACGUACGUGCUGGGCAUCGGGGAUCGGCACAGCGACAACAUCAUGAUCCGCGAGAACGGGCAGCUGUUCCACAUUGAUUUUGGCCACUUCCUGGGAAAUUUCAAAACCAAGUUUGGAAUCAACCGUGAGCGAGUCCCGUUCAUCCUUACCUAUGACUUUGUCCACGUGAUCCAGCAGGGGAAGACGAAUAAUAGUGAGAAAUUUGAAAGGUUCCGGGGCUACUGUGAACGAGCCUACGCCAUCCUGCGGCGCCACGGGCUGCUCUUCCUCCACCUCUUCGCCCUGAUGCGGGCAGCAGGCCUGCCUGAGCUCAGCUGCUCCAAAGACAUCCAGUACCUCAAGGAACCCAACAGCCAUAAACGGAAACGCGCCCUUCGCGCAGGGCAGGGGCACUGUCCCCCGUCGGAGCCCUGGGCACUUUGAAGCUGCAUCUUGCCGAGGAUUUGUAACCUCAAGUCUUCCAGCUGGUGGAUCUGGAGCCAGCAAGGACUGUUCUCCCAUGGAGGAGUUUCCCCGGGCUCCCGCUGGACCACACAGGUCUUGGGGCCUGGCAGCUACCUGGUGCCUCUGCCCAGACAGGGCGCCCACGCGUCUUCGCCCCUCCACCUCUGGGCCCUCUGUUGACUGAGUUCUCGCCACUCCUGGAGGAUGCCCAGGUACCCUCUAGAUUCAGGGAUGCUUCCACUUGUAAAGGGACUCUUGGGUACGGGAAUUCUCUCAUCUCUGCUGUAAAGCGAUUUUGUUAUAGCGGGUAAGAAAAAAAAUUGCCGAACUACUUAUUCAACCUCUAUGGCUAAGGAGAACAGCUCCAGCCCCCGUCAAGUACAGGGCACCCUGGUCCUUGAGACACGUGAAAAAGAUCUGAACUUGACUGAGCUCAUCCUGGUCGCGGAGCAAGAUGCAGACAGGUGCGAGUAGUUUGUGCAAUUAUGAGUAACCUCCUCUGAAGGUGGGUUUAGAGGUGGUGCAGGACCCACUCUCUCCCACUCACCUUUGAGAACCUGCCCCAAGGACCCACGUACCAGAAGCGUGAGGGUUGGGGGGUGAGGUGGCGUCUUCUCCUCUGCCAGUAACUAGCUUGCAGUGGUUCAGGCUCAGCCUUAGGUGCAUCUGAGCUUGAGAAAUGCAACUUCCCGGGCCUCCCCCAGCCUUCUGAAGCCAACUCUGGAGAUGGGGCCAAGGAUCUGGGCUUGCAGAAGCCCCCAGGUGAGCUUACCACAUUAGCAGCCGACUCAGGCUCCCCCGAGCUACACGGUUUACCUCUCAAGGCCUUGCGGGGCUCAGCAGAUCCAGAGGUAGCUGCUGUCUUGAGCCCAGGUGCAUGGCCUGCAGAAAAGCCCAGGGGCCAACUGUUUUUGGGUAAGGGGCAUGGCCGAGAGCAAUCCCUGCCAUCCUGAGCCCCACGGGCCACCCCGGUUCCCAAUCAACUGCUCCAUUCAUCAGGCCCACUUCACCUGUUUGGAAAUAGGAAAAGCCGAGGGUAUGUCUGUUAUUUAUUUAAAUGAGCCUGUGCUUCUCGGAAUGGGCAGCACGCUGCAUACACACAGCAAUUCCUGGUUUGUGCGCACAGCCUGUGUGCCUGGCGAGAAGAAUGUUUUCUAUUUUUUUUUUUUUAAAUCAUUGCUGUUUCUGUAUGGGAAAGGCCAGUUCAACAUAACUGACAUAGGUUGAGACUGGCACGCUGAAAAACCUUGAAAGAGAAGGCAAAACGGAUUAAAAGAAAUAAAAGCC